AUGCGUUUAGUGCUGAAAUCUAUUACAAGAGGACCAAUUUUGUAUUGGGGCAAAAGAAGAAUGGGAGGGAGCGGUCCUUUCAUCCCAAUUCUGGGUUUUGCUUCAUGUGUGGUCUUCAUUUAUCUAUCAUUUGGUGACCUGUGGCCGGCGUAUCCUGUGGGGCCGGCGUGGAGUUUUGUGCAGAGGAAUGGGACUCGGUUUUUGUUGGACGGCAAGCCGUUCUAUAUCAAUGGGUGGAAUUCGUAUUGGUUGAUGGACCAUUCCGCCGAUUACCAGAGGAAACACAAGGCUAGUGCAAUGCUGGAGGCUGGUUCAAAAAUGGGUCUCACCGUCUGUAGAACUUGGGCGUUCAAUGAUGGCGCCCACAAUGCACUUCAGGUCUCCCCUGGCCGAUUUGAGGAGAAAGUUUUCCGGGCGUUGGAUCAUGUGAUUGCUGAGGCGAAAGCACAUAAAGUUAGGCUGCUUCUUAGUUUAGUCAAUAACUUGAAAGCAUAUGGCGGGAAGGAUCGAUAUGUGAAGUGGGCAUGGGAAGAAGGCAUUGGUUUGAGCGCUUCUAAUGAUUCUUUCUUCUAUGAUCCAUCCAUCAAAAAGUACUUUAAGCAUUAUUUACAGACCAUGCUGACAAGGAAGAACACUGUCACGGGAGUCGAAUAUAGGAAUGAUCCAACCAUAUUUGCAUGGGAGUUGAUGAAUGAGCCCCGUUGCAUGACCGAUCCUUCUGGAGAUACUAUUCAAGAUUGGAUUGAAGAAAUGUCGGCUUAUGUGAAAUCAAUCGACAAGAAUCAUCUACUGACAGUGGGGCUGGAAGGGUUUUAUGGUCCUAAAAACCCCAAAAGACUAACUGUGAAUCCAGCAGAUUGGGCUGCAGACCUGGGAUCUGAUUUCGUUAGCAACUCAAAGGUUUCACACAUCGAUUUUGCCUCCGUUCAUAUAUACCCUGAUCAUUGGAUUGCUCAUCGAUCAUUUGAGGAUAAACUGACAUUUGUUUCGAAGUGGAUGCUCUCACACAUCGAAGAUGGUCACCAUGAGCUGAACAAGCCUGUCCUCUUCACCGAAUUUGGAUUGUCUAAUCUGAACAAGGACUUCCAACCAUCUCAACGUGACUGGUUAUACAAAACAGUUUAUGACAUCGUAUACAAAUCUGCUCAGAAAAAGGGAGCUGGAGGUGGUGCUUUGAUGUGGCAAUUAUUUGUGGAAGACAUGGACGAGAGUAAUGAUGAUUUCGGUAUCGUCCCAUGGCAAAGGGCAUCAACAUAUAAAUUGAUAACAGAGCAAUCAUGCAAGUUGGCAAAACUCCGAGGUGCCAUAGAAGAGAGCCAAAAUUUGAAAGAACUGUGUUUGCAGAAACAGUGAUGCAACAACCUUGAAGUUCAACACUUACCAAACUUUUGUGUGCACAAUUCUGUAUAAGAUGAACACAUUCACUUUUAGGCUUCUAGCUGUGCUCCUCUGAAUUUUAUACAGAUGUGGCAGCACGGGCGAAUUAGAUAUAGAGGUCAUCAUGAAAUCAAUAUGGGUGCUUUGCUGUAAAAUCUUCUAAAAUGAUCAUAGAGGAGAGAUUGGAUUUGAUAUUUAGGUGCUUUGCUGCAAAAUCUUUUACAAUGAUAAUAGAGAAGACAUUGGAUUGAUUGAUCAUAACAGUUCAGCUUAUGGGGUGAAUUCAUACCAAAAUAUAGCUACUGGAUAUUUGAGUCUGUCAAUGUUAGAGUUGCAUGACUUGGUGCCAAGAUACUUCUUGCACAGUGGAGAAGAUGGGCUGUCCAUUUUACCAGGUUCGCCAAAACUAAAGCUACAUACUCGGUAUAAACAUUGAUUCAUCAUAGAGAAGCAAGCAAGGAAAACCCCUAAAUCACUGAAAAGAUAGCAUAUCAGUCCUAAACAUACGAUCGGAUCUAGCUUGAUUUUAGCUUUGCAAACCUUGGCGAAGUCCUAACACUCCCACCAUUGCCUCCAGCAUCAGCAGGAAUCUUCUGGCCAUCUUCCCCAACUUUUCUCAAUCUCUUCUUGGAAUUCUUCCUUGCAGAACCCUCUUUGUUCAACUCCUCAACAAUCUUCAUCACCGAAUCACCAGCCCUGCCAUUGCCUUUCUCAGACCCACUUCUCCUUGUCCUCACUCCAACAGAUUCCACUGAUUCCUGCGUCUUGCCUUCGUUUUUCUUCGCCUCAGUUUCCAUGGCUACCCUCUCAAACUCCCCAACCAAUUUCCUCACCGGCCAUUUCUUACCCCUGGUUCCUUCACUCUUAUCAGAGGCACCCAUCUGCUCAUUUUCUUCGCUUUCACUCUCAUCCCCGAAUAGAUCCAUGAACUUCCUCUUCUUCAUCACUCUAGGCGCCGGAGGUGGAGAAGUAGAGCCUGCCCUUUUGUGAUUCUUCUCACCGGCGGCAAGUGGGAGGACAUCGUUCUGCUGCUUCUUUGGGGUAUUUCCGGUCUGGGAUUUGGCUUGCUUCUCCCGGAACUUGCGCAGCCUGUCGACGUUGCCUUCGAUGCGACCCUGGAGGCGGAAGCGCUGGGUGUUGAGACCGCCCAUGGACCAGUGAGCCUCUUGAGCCCAGGAGAGGAGAGGAUCCAUGACCGAGACAGGAGGAUCAAAGCGUUCAGUUACGUCAUCGAAGAUGCGAGGGACAGGGAGGCUUGUGUGAUCAAAGAAGCGAGGGCGAGGGAGGCUGCUGCCGUAGAAGUUUGCGGGACGGAGAGCGACUACCAUGAUCGGAAGUAGCACAAGCCAAGGAAAGGGAAAUCCUCGGCUUCUCUGGGGAAUUUUAACAAGCAGGUGGCGAAG